AUGCAGGCAACGGAAACAAUAGAACCAGAGGAUGAAAAUAAGCAUUCUGCAAAGAAGAAGAAGAAGAAGAAAGAGAAAUCGAAAAAGAAGAAAAUAGCAACUGAAUCCAUGGAGGAGAAUCAUCCACUCACGAUUGGACAAGAACUCAUCUUCACGAUCUCGAUUUAUCAAGCAAACAAACCAAGUAAACUCCUCCAAGAAUUUCAAUUACUGGGCUCUCAAAAUCUGACGGAUUUACGGGAUGCAUUGUACUGUCGUAUGGAUUUCACAGCCCAUGGGGAUCGACAAGGACGACAACCUGAAGGCCAGAUCAUCAAUACUAUUCGACAAAAAUUAUCAGCCAGUUUUUUUUAUAUCGGUAAUACAUUUUAUGUGGAUGAACGAAAUAAAAUGACAGAUGAUGAUGAUGAUGAUGAUCCAAGUCAAUCUAUUCGACAAUGGAUCGUUGAACGAUCUACGACAACGAAUCCACCUGAAAAAAAAGCCAUGAAUUGCCUUUCUUUCAGUCAAUUGUCUUUGGAACUCAAUCAUCCAUAUUUAUUUUAUCAUCAACAAAAUUGUCAACAUAUAGUAAUGAUUCGUGAUAUCAGACUGUUGGGUGCAAGAGAUGAAUUGAAUCGAUCAAGAUAUCCUGUGACAACCUAUAGUUGGCGAUAUACAAGAUAUAAAUGUACUAUGUGUGCUGUAUAUCCUGCGGUAUACGUUACUACCAAUGAUUAUCUUAGUGGGUUUUCUCCUUGUUAUUUUUGUGAUCGAUGUUAUGGUCCUUUCCAUUUUGAUUCCAAUGGUAAUCCAGUAUCUAAAUUUGAUGUCCAUCCAUACCAUGGUUCAUGA